AUGAUUCCUGAAUCUGAACCCUUAGAACUCCCUGUAUUAGACGUUUCUCAGCAAUUGUGCACAUCUUCUUUGUCUUCUCUGGCUGCAGCCUGCAAAGAAUGGGGUUUCUUCCUAAUUAUUAAUCAUGGAAUCUCCAAAGAUAUCUACAACAAAAUUUGUACUCUCUCAAAAAACCUUUUCAACCUCCCUAUUGAGACAAAACUUAAACUAGGUCCUUUAUCACCUGAUAAGACUUAUACUCCUCAUUUCAUAGCCUCGCCCUUCUUUGAGAGCCUUAGAGUUUCAGGACCAGACUUCACAGACUCUGCUCAGAGUUCUUUAGAUGUUCUCCUAGGUGAAAAUGAUUCAGAAUUCAGUGAGGUAUUGCAAGAAUAUGGGAGUAAAAUGACUGAGUUAUCUAAGGGAGUCCUUAAGCUCGUAUUAACAGCUAUAGGAGAUGGAAUUGAAACAAAAUAUUAUGAUUCCGAGUUUAAAAAUUGCCAUGGAUAUUUGAGAAUAAACAACUAUACUGCUCCAGAAAGUCUAGACGAAGAAGCUGAGGGUCUUGGGAUGCAUACUGAUAUGAGCUGUGUAACAAUCGUAUAUCAAGAUGAAAUAGGAGGGCUUCAAGUGAGAACGAGGGAUGGAAAAUGGAUGAACAUCAUUCCAUCUGAAGGAACAUUAGUGGUAAAUCUUGGUGACAUGUUGCAAGCUUGGAGUAAUGAACGACUCAGAUCAUCGGAGCAUAGGGUUGUUCUGAAGAAGCCCGUGAAUCGAUUCUCUCUAGCUUUCUUCUGGUGCUUUGAGGACGAGAAAGUGAUAUUAGCACCCGAUGAAGUUGUGGGUGAAGGAAAUACAAGGACUUAUAAGCCAUUUGUCUGUUCAGAUUAUUUAAGGUUCCGUGAGAGCAAUGAGAAAGGAAGGUUCGAGAAAGUUGGAUUUACAGUUAAAGAUUUUGCUGGGAUUGGAUUUCCAAUGUAA